GCUCCGCCCCCACCCACCCACCCAGGGAGUAGAGAUACUGCUGCAGUGCGGGCCGCCGCCCACUGCACUGCGACCCAGCAGGGACUUCGUCUCUGUCUCAGCAGCUUAUCCUGUCCGUGCUCUGCACCCAUGGCUAACGGUCCCUUUCCACGCAAGCCCUGGGGUCCAGAGCAGAUGUAUUUCGACUCCGAUCCUGAAUCCGAGGGCCUGUUCGAUGAGCCGCCCCAGGAAGAGGGCCACACUGCGCGGGCACCCAAGUCCGCAUCAUCAGCUGGCAGGAAAUCUGCUCGGCGCGCGGGCGGUAGGGCUCCGGGACCCCGCGCCGGGCUGUCCCGAAAGGCCUCUGCGCGCUCGGGACCCAAGGAAGAGGAGCCUCCGGUGGACGAGGGCUGCUAUCUAGAUCACUUCCCGCACCUCUCCAUCUUCAUCUACGCGGCCAUAGCCUUCUCCAUCACCUCAUGCAUCUUCACCUAUAUCCAUUUGCAGCUUGCCUAACUGGCCAGGGGCACACGGGGUGGGACCGGGUGGGCGCAGAUUCGAAGGGUGGGAAGGGGAGGGGAGAGAGAAGCGCGGCCUUUCGUUUGGACAUGCGCUGCGUCCGCUUCAUCUGGCGUUCCUGAUGCUGCCUGCUUUUCUGUGUUGCCGCUUUGUCUGACUGUUCGUCAGAUGGCCCAGUGUCUGCUGGCGAUGGGAUGCGGUGCUCCUGCGCCCGCACAUCGAGCGCAAUCAGUGUCUAUGUUUAUGAUCCUGGACUGCACUGAACCGUGUCUGUAACUGCGAUCGUCUUUGUACCCUGUCACUCUGUGAAGUGAAGGCCCAGCAUUUUUGUUUGUACAGCGCAGAACGAGUCCAACCUUCUGUUGCUUAAAGGAUGAGCUAGACCCGAGCCUGCGGACUCCCAGAGGGAACGAGGAAAGCGGGUGCCCGGGCUGGGAGUGUUGGAGCUGUGUCAUCUCCCACGUUGCUGCGUCAUCCCAGGGUGAGCCAGCUGUGCCUAGGACCUCUUUAGGUCGAGACUGCGCACCGAGCUGGUGGACCUGGGAGAGCGGCGGGUGUGGCCAGAUGCUGGAGGAGGUCUUGUGGCUCCCAGGAGGAUGCGAGGCCUGUAGCAGACCACCAGAAAGCCAAUGCUCAAGAUGGGUUUUUGGACUGUGUGGAACAGGAGCCACAGCCUUCGGGGACGGAGGCCUAAAACUCGUGGAUUCCGUGAGAUGAGACUGGGGGCCUUUCUUUGCUGGGGUCCACGGGAGGACUAUGCUAGAGAAUUCUCCAGCAACUUCGUUGUACCUGGAGACCCUCUGAAGCUGUGGGCCCAAGAUGAAGGGGUUGGGAUUGGGGACUGUCGCUAAGAGUCCCGCCAGGACCUGUCCUCUCAGACCUCACCUUCGCAGGUUAUUCGCCUCCACACCGUUCACUCAUGGAUGUCAGCUGCUGAGCGCCAACACUGCUGUACUAUGGAAAUGUCUGUAACCGUGGUGUGUCUGAUGGAAUAAAUCAUCUUCUCUGUC